AUGGCGCUGCUCUCCCACUUUUUGGAGCACCGGGCAGCUGGAGCUGAUGAGGGCAAGCCCUACUCACGCCUGGACAACAGUGUGCUCUACAGCCGCUUCAUGUCCCCCAGCACUGCCCUGCUCGAGCUGCCUGACAGGGACGGGGCCACGGGCUCGUCCGCACUUGGGGACCACAAUGGGCUGGGCCCUGGUGGCCACUCCAGCCCUGAGAUGGCCAUGCUGGAAGCCCUGAGUUCUGGCUCCAUCCCUCCUGUCACUGAAGAGCCAGAGAGCACCAUGGCCCUGUGUCCCGACGAUGUCCUGCAGGAGGACAAGGAGGGCUUUGAGAAGAUCAACACAAGACCUGGCAAGAUCAUCCUCUACUCCGACGCCGGCUUUGCGGGACAGAAACGGGAGAUCUGGGGCGACAUCCCCGACGCCACGUCCUGGGAGCUCUCGCACACCAUCUCCAUCCGUGUCAUCCGAGGCGGGUGGGUGAUGUACGAGAAGCCGCGGUUCCACGGGCGCAAGUGCGUGUUGGCCGAGGGGGACGUGGAGAUCGACAACCCCUGGACGGCCUACGGGGAGAACGGGCAGCCCCGGGGCAGCCGCCCCUUCCGCAUCGGCUCCUUCAAGAGGGUGGUGAGGGAUUACCGCACCCCCGAGAUCAGCCUGUUCGCGGAGGAGAACGGCGAAGGCGCCCGGCUGAAGUUCACCGACUCGGCCGAGGACACCCGCACGCAGGGGCAGGCGCUUGCUGCCGCCUCCAUCAUCGUCCACUCGGGGCUGUGGCUGGUUUACUCCAAGCCGUUCUUCGACGAUGACCCCUACGUUCUGGAGCCGGGCGGGUACCCCAAUUUAAAGGCUUGGGGAGCAAAGGAUCCAUCCAUCUGCUCCAUGCACCCCAUCAGGCUGGGCUGCCCUGUUGUGGAGAGACCCGGAGAGCCACAGGUGCUGAUCUAUGAGUCUGCGGGGUUCCAGGGCCGCAGCUUCACCAUCAGCCGAGACAUCUACGACCUGAAGCGCCUUCCCGAGCCAGGGCUGCCCACCGUGGGCUCCCUGCGUGUCCUGGGUGGCUGCUGGGUUGGCUACGAGAAGGAAGGCUUCCGUGGACACCAGUACCUGCUGGAGGAAGGGGAAUACCAGGACUGGAGGCAGUGGGGUGGCUACAGCAAGGAGUUGGUGUCCCUUCGGCUGAUACGGACGGACUUCUCUGACCCGGCACUGGUCCUCUUUGAGGCCAUGGACUUCGAGGAGGGCCCGAGUGUGGAGCUGAGCGAGGCGCUCCCCGACACGCAGCUGGCCGGCUACGGCACCGUCACCCAGUCCAUCCACGUGCUGAGCGGCGUGUGGGUGGCCUACGGGGGCACCAACUACUCUGGCGAGCAGUACAUCCUGGAGAAGGGGGUGUACCGCAACUGCGAGGACUGGGGUGCCAGCGACUGCCGCAUCGCCUCGGCACAGCCCAUCCUGCAGGUCAGGGAACACAACCUGCAUUUCGUCUCCAAGAUCCUGCUCUUCUCGGAGCCUGACUUCUCGGGGGAUCAUGUUGCCUUCGAGGAGGACCAGGGAGCCCUGCCCGACGCCUUCAUCCCACGCUCCUGCAGAGUCCGUGGGGGCAGCUGGAUCCUGUUUGACGGGCAGGACUUCGCGGGGGAGCAGCACGUGCUGUCUGAGGGUGAGUACCCCACGCUCAGUGCCAUGGGCUGCCUCUGCUCCACAACCAUCCGCUCCUUGAGGAAGGUUCCACUGUUUUUCUCGGAGCCCUCCAUCUUCCUGCACGGGCUGGAGUGUUUCGAGGGGAAGGAGAUCGAGCUGAACUCCGAAGUGCGGAGUCUCCAGGCGGAGGGUUUCAACAACCACGUGCUGUCCGUGCGUGUCAAAGGCGGGAUCUGGGUGCUGUGCGAGCACGGUGACUUCCGAGGGCGGCAGUGGCUGCUGGACUGCACUGAGAUCACCAACUGGCUGACCUACAGUGGGCUGCAGCACGUGGGGUCCCUCUACCCCAUCCGCCAGAGACGGAUCUAUUUCCGCAUCAGGAGCAGGGAGCUGGAGCUCUACCUCGCGGUCCCUGACGACGUGGAGGACAUGAAGGCAGGGCGGGUGGUGGUCUCCAGCCCGAGGGAGCAGAGCAGCUCUGUCUGGUACUACGAGGAUGGGCUGAUCAAAAACCAGGUGGCCCCCAACAUGAGCCUGCAGGUCAUCGGGCCAGCUGGGAAGGGUGCAAAGGCUGUGCUGUGGUCCGAGACCCGGAUGCCACGUCAGACCUGGAGCGUGGAUUCUCAGGGACGGAUCCACAGCCAGAUGUUCGAGGACAUGGUCCUCGACGUAAAGGGCGGCCGAACCUACGACCGGGACCACGCCAUUGUCUGGGACAUGGCCGAGGAGAGACCCACGCAGAUCUGGGACAUACAGGUGCUAUGA